ACGAACGUGAGAGUAGUAUAACGUAUGUAUGUAAUAAGUUAUUUGAUUUGUAAGAAGACGUUAUUUAAACAAUUUCAAAUACUCAAACUAAAAAACGCGAGAAACAACAUGUUCUCCAUGUCAAAAUUACUGUUAAUAAUAUUAUUAAAUGAAACGUACGCGUAUAUCACGCAAGAUAUCGAAACAAUAUUACUUCCGGCAUUGAAUCCAACAAGCGCAAACGAAAUAUCAUUAACUUUGAAAGUUUUUGGAAUACAAAUUCAAUUAAACUUGCAUAAAAGUGACGAAACUGUAUCGUCCACAUUUGAAGUAUGGAAAUAUGAAGCAAAAAGCAUCACAGAAGAACUAUCGCAAUUAAACGCAUCGAAUCCUUGCUAUUAUCUUCACAAAGAUCGUAUCAGCACUGCGGUCAUAAACUUUCGUCAGGAACUUGAAUGGGAAGGAUUCGUUUCUCUGAAAGACGAUACAUUCAUAAUUAGACCUUUGCGAGAUGACCUUGCAUCUUCUUCCUUAAUCGACAACUUUUGCGUUAAAGAAGAAAUUAAUGUUUCAUUUGGCAAACCACAUCGUAUAAAAAGAUUAUUGCAAUCAUUUGCUAAUUCAAGUUUUUAUAAUUUGGAUAAUUUUAAACUGAAGCAACGUCAUGUACGAAAUACACAAGAAAAAUUAACUGUGGAACUGGCCGUUUUCAUCGACGAAGCCGCAUAUCGUACGUUUAUGCCUUUUCUGGAAGAAGAUAAAGAAAUGUUGCGCUUAAUAUUAGCGUACGUGAACAAUAUCCAAGCUCUGUACCAUCAUCCUAGUUUGGGUGUUUCUAUCGAUAUUUCGUUGGUAAAUUUGAAAAUUAUGAAAACACAACCGGUAAAUUUACCAGUUUUUGACGGUCACGCUAGCAAACUACUCGAUUCGUUCUGCAAGUACGCGAAAAGUAUCAACCCUCCGGACGACAACGAUCCGCAUCACUGGGACGUUGGUCUUUACCUAACCGGAUUAAAUAUUUAUUCGGUAGACAAUUAUACCGGGGGACUAGCCAGAAUCAAUGGUGUAUGCGAUCUAAUUAGGUCGUGCGCAAUAGUAGAAUUUGGUACUACAGAUACUAUAUCCUCAGGUUUUGCAUCGUCCCUCGUUGCAGCUCAUGAGAUUGGCCAUGUUUUAGGAAUGGUACACGAUAUCGAAUAUGCAAUUCCGUGUGAUACAUACAAAUACAUAAUGUCAAGUCACAAACUCCAUCAAGGCCAAGUAACAUGGUCCAAGUGUAGCCGUGAUACGGCUAAAAAACUCUGGAAUGAAAAAGAGUGUCUUCGAGAUCGUACGAGACAGGAAAAUCUCGCAUAUGACCAUUCAAUUUAUCACGAUUUACCCGGAAGAGAAUGGACUGCCAAAGCACAAUGCGAAAUAUAUUAUCGUAACAAAGAUGCGGACGCAGUCUCGUUGCUCGAUAUAUGUAAAACCUUACAAUGCGACACGCCUCAAAUUAAAGGAUACUACUUCACGGGACCGGCGAUAGAAGGAACUACUUGCGCACUCGGGAAGGAAUGUCGCGGCGGAAAAUGCGUCCCCGUUAUCGAACCACCGUACAUUUUCAAGUAUUGUGAAGAUGAUAAUUGGAGUGAAUGGAAAGAAGGCAUCUGUCAAAGUAGUUGCUUGAAAAAAUCCAAAGGCAUAAAAGUCAAACGACGAUCUUGCACACAUAGAAGUCACAAAAUGGCACGUUGCGAAGGACCAUAUUACGACAUGGUUCUGUGCGAUGAUUCGUUUUGCCCUGAAAAUCGCACGACAAUCUCCAAGUUAACUACCAAUAAAUGCAUUAAAUUCAGCCGAAUUAUGAAGCGUGCAGCAUAUAAUGUCGAACUGGAAGCGGGACCGGGAGUUCAGGUCCCUCAUAACGUCGCGAAACCGUGGAAGGCCUGUACUAUACAUUGCCGACGAAAGAAUUCAUCUGCUCUCUACGCACCACGCUUAGAAAUGCUCAACUUGAAUAUCGAUCCAUACUACACAGAUGGAACGUGGUGUCACCAUAAAGAUGGUCUGGAUUAUUACUGCCGCCAACAUUAUUGUCUGCCGGAAAGAUAUUCUUAAGAACAAUUGUCGACGUCUGUCAACAAAAAUCGAAAAAAGAGAAAAAUAUGAAACGAUCGAAAAUCAGUCUCGAAUAGUUGGUCCAUUUGUUUGAUACCGAAUAUUUGAUCGGACAAUCUGUCGUUAUGAAUACCUGUUUUAUAUAUCAUUGAUACCUUGCUUAACAUAUAAACAAAUAAACGAAGAAUUACGUCGACUUUUCAACAUACGAAAAGGAAUUCCGUCGAUUAGCAUUAGAAAAAACGUAAAAGAAAUAACAAAAAAUAAUAAGUAAUAAUUAACAUGUUUGCAAAACGGUCAAAUUAAUAGCUGAAUAAAGUGAGGGUAUUUUUAUUUCGUUUGAGAUAAUGUGUCGAGAGAAAGUGAACGAGAACGGUAACGUCACUCACUACGUUAUAUAUUUUAAUGGUCUGUCAAUAUUUUAUUAAUAUUUAUAC